AAUCAAAUCUCGGGCAUUGUGGGAAGCCUCGUUACCGAGAUAAACAAAUGUCUGACCGACUUCACGACAAAACAGCAAUAUUAGUGUUUUAUCCUGAUCAUUAACUCAAAUAGUUUUAUUUUCAUCCAUGUAAGGUGUUGAUUUUCAACGAACAGGGUUUGAUAACGUUCCAUCAAGAGACAUGGCUACCAAAACUAAAGGAGGAAAAUCAAGUUCCCAUUCUCACGAUCAUCACCAUGAAGGACAUGAAAAAAUGGAAGAGCCACUUGAUGAGCAAGAACUGGAAUCAUUAUACGCAUGGGUUGAUAGUAUUCCACUUUCCAGACCGAAACGAAAUAUAAGCAGAGACUUUUCAGAUGGAGUGUUAGUGGCUGAAUGUAUAAAGCAUUUUUUCCCGGACGACGGCCUUGUUGAUUUACACAGCUAUACCACUGCAAAUGCUACAAACAAAAAAAAGGAAAACUGGUAUUACUUAAACAGAAAAGUAUUUGCCAAAAUGAACUUUGAAUUAGCGGAGGAUGUUAUCAAUGAUUUAUGUUGUUGUAAACCUGGGAUGAUCGAGAAAGUCUUGCUGAUGUUACAAGUGAAAAUAAAGAGAGCAGAAUAUGCCCGAGGACGACAAAGUGAUAAACCAGAAGCUGAUCAACAUCAAAUGACACCAGGUAGAAAAGAUAGUAGAAUGGUUAAAGUGGGUCUUGAGGAUACCAAAGGAAGCAGAUUUGUCAAAACAAAACAGUAUCAAAAAGACAUUGAAAAUGUUGGUCAAGGUUACUUUAUAGUAGACGACUAUGGUCAUCUCAUCACCCAUCGUUACCUAGACAACAGGGGAUGGAACUCUGGAUUACAGGAUCAAAAAUCGUCUCCUAAAAUGCCUUCUAAACCUGCUACUGUACCAAAGAGGCGGCCAGGUCCAGUUGUUGAGUCAGACAUGGUCCCUCGAUACAUUGUUGAGGAGAAAGAGCAGGAGGUGCUAUCGCGAGACGAAACUAUACAAAUUUUACUAGAAAAGGUAAAGAGGAUGGAACAUCUACUACAACUUAAAGACAUUCGUAUUGCAGAACUCACUGAGAGAACUGAACCCACAGGCUAUGCUCAAGUUCAUGGUUCCCACCACAAGCCUACGGCACAGUCUCACAGUUCACACCAUGCUGCGCAGGCUCAUGGUGUUUUCUACAAGCCUGCCAAGUACCAGCAAAGACAUUAAACUACUUGACUAAAACAUUUCAUAAUUUAUGUUUGGGAUGCUUUCUUCAAUUAAAUCAUUUAUCUAAUUCUUUAGUACUUCACUAUAUUUGACCAUUUUCGCUUGAUAUUAACUGAGAGGCAUGAUUUUGUUAAGUGUUAAAUAGUAAAUUAAGCAUACUUCUAAACUGAUAUCAAUGAAAAUGCAUAAGACAAAUUUUUCAAAAGAUUUUUUUUUUUAUUUUCUUUACAUUUUCAUUUUACCUAUGCCUGCUCUAUAUUAGAGCAGUUUUGUCUCCAAGUUGUAGUCAAUUCUUGUCAAAUUUAUCACCAUAAAUGGGUGUAAUCAAAAUGUUUAUAGAAUUUAUUAAAACUUAAUUGCUUAGUUUUCAAAUUAAAUUACAAAUCAAAAAAGUGGAACCAGUGCUCGGCAUAUUCCAGUGCUCAGUAUAGUUCUUAUUUGGGAAGAAAUAUCACAUUCAAGUACUUGUACAAUUUUAUAACAUAAUAUGAGCCGUGCCAUGAGAAAACCAACAUAGUGGGCUUGCGACUAGCAUGGAUCCAGACCAGCCUGCGCAUGCGCGCAGUCUGGUCAGGAUCCAUGCUGUUCGCUUUUAAAGCCUACUGCAAUUAGAGAAGCUGUUAGCGAACAGCAUGGAUCCUGACCAGACUGCGCGGAAGCGCAGGCUGGUCUGGAUUGAUGCUGGUCGCAAACCCACUAUGUUGGUUUUCUCAUGGCGCGGCUCAUAUUUUCUGUUUAGUCAGGUGAGUGAUACAGGACCAUCAUGGCCCUCUUGAAUCUUUUGAAAACAGUUCAAAGUUAGUGCAUGGGCAACUCUUUAGUUUGGAUAAUAGGCUGAACAGUAUAUUUGUUAGGACUUUAUGCAGAGCACUGGCUCCACUACUCAUGACUAUUUAUGUUAGUUUUCUACAUAUUUUCUGCUUGUCUGUGUAUUGUCAACUAAAAAACUUUCUGAAGGAGUGUUCAUCUCAUUCAUAUGUGUUAUGAUAUAGGCUGGUAUGUUCAAUGAUUCUUGUAUUUUUUUUAUUGAUGAUAGACUGGUUCAUUCAAUGCUUCUUCUAUUAGAGUUAUUAGUUGCAAGAAAGAUGUUUUUUAUGAACACAUUUUUAUAAAUGAAGCUGUUUCAAACUUGUACAGGUGCAUAUUUGAUAAAUGAUAUGGACCUAGCAUGUUAGACCCCAAAUUUCUUUUCUCUGUUGUGCUUCCUUUUUUUUUUAUAAUUUCCUUGUUUUAUGAUAAUGUUCCGUCCAGUAUAAACUAUAGUCAGAUUUUUGUAUACAUUCUAACAUUCCUGUUGAAUAUACUCAUCUAUAGAUAGUGUGACUGUGUUUUCAGAUAAUGUAGUUAGCAUUGUGCCAUUAGCAAACUAUUUAUUUACAUUUUUUCGUCAUUUAGCCUCUAUUUUGUCACAGAAUUAUUUAGGGCUCCAAUUUUAUGAUUAUAUAAUCCUGGCUUUUGGCUAUCUUUACAAGUUCCCCCUACCCCCCGUGUACUUUCACAUGGAAUAGUGCUGUAUAUUCUGGGAGGAUAUUCUAGUAUUAUUAUAAAAACAUACUUUUAAAAAUUGUAAGUAUUCUAGAUGCCACAUUUUCUAUCUGAGCAUCAUGAAUGUUUGCAAUUAUAUUUAAUGAAGUCUUGGAAAAUUUUUAAACUGGUCUACCCAAGGUCAAAACUAUGUCACAAUGUCAAUCCAUUGAAAAAUCUUUUUAAGAUAUUAGACUCCACAUUUUAUAUCUGAUCUUCAUGAAAUUUUGGCAACUUUUCAGCCUAUAUAAAAUCAAGAUGAAAUUGAAAAUUCAUACUAGAAUCAAGACUAGGUCAGUAGGUUAAAUAAGUAAAAAAUUUGGUUAAUGUUUUACCAGAUUUUAAGAAAAGCAUGUAAGUCAGGUUAGACACUAGGUUACCUGGGUUAAGAACUAGGGCAGGUGAGCAGAGCCUUCAUGGCUCUGGUGUUUGUCUAGAUAUGAAGACGUCUUUCACAUUAUUGACUUAUAAAUUGUGUAUAAGGCAAAAUUCAAAUUCAAGAUAUCACAAAACUUUUUCUGGUUUACAAAAUUCUGAAUUUUAAAUUUUAUUCUUAUUUGAAUUGUUAUGCACAGAUUUGAAAAUUUUUAAUUUUUCUAAUUUUCUGUUCUGACAAAAUUAUUCAAUGUAAAAGAAACCUCAGCAAUUCUCAGAGAUCUCAUUUAUUUUGUGUUGCUGUAUUAAUGCUUUCCCAACUUGUUUCAUUCUUGUUGUGUUGUUGAGCUGGGCUUUUUUUUGUGUUACAUGUCCAUCUAUUUUACAAGAUAUAUGACACUUUUAUUUACUUUCCAAAGCCCAAAUCCAGUAAUACAUUCUUUUGAUAAAAAAUCAGAUAAGAAGAAAAUUAUUGGGAAAUUCUUGUUUCAUUUGACUUUCGAUGACAAUAAAAAUUUCGCUUGGGUUAAAGAAUAUUUUUAAAAAGUGUCCUAUAUCUUGUAAUGUAUUAUUUCACUGUUAAAAUACAUGGCCUAAACAUAUUUUUGUUCAGAUGAUAAUUUCUAAUUCCUAAACAACAAAUGAAAUUCACUUCUACUUCUUCCUUAAAAUGUCAGAAAUCCAAGAAUACUUAUUCUCUUGAAAUGGCUAUUUUGGUCGAGACAUGAGAUUUUAUCCCCACGAAAUUAAAUGAUUUCGCAGUGCAUGCUGGAUUUAAGGUUGAUUUAAACUAUUAGAAAUUUCUUACCUGUACUGAAUUCAAAGUCUUACACCAUCACGGUGGCACUCUAAAAUUUGCAGUUCAAGAGCCUACACUGACUGUUACAUGAAAUGGGUAUAACAUGCUAUGUAUUUUAAGGUUGUGAAAUCAACAAUAUCAAUUAGCAAUUGUGAUAUUUUCACUGUACAUAAUUCCUGUCAUUGUCCUCAUCAUUUCAUCUUGUAUAUAGAAAUAAACCAUAUGAAACAUU